AGAUGUGAAGUGCAAUUCUCUCGAGGAGGAAAGUUUGCUUCUGGAUGAUGAUGAACCUUUCCAUGAGGACAAUGACGUACACGAAUCGGUUCAAAGCCCUGUCGCAAUUUCUGCUGAAGAGCGGAAAUCAAGAUUCAGGCACCGGUUUGCCAAACGAAAUCUUGUGCCAACUCCAGCAGUGGUUGAAGGAGAAAGUGAAGGUUAAAUUGAAACCUUUGAUGCUUGAAGAGCAGCAAAUUGUUCCUGAGUCUUCUGACAAAGCUGUCGUUCCUGACGUCACAGGGCAGAGUGCUGCUGUGGGAGAGAAUCCGAUGAACAUUUUGGAAAGUCAAUUAGAAUUCAAGCUUUCCUUCCCGGAGUUUUCUGGAGAAGCGGAGAUGAAGGAAUAUGCUCCGGAUUAUUUUGAUGAUCUCGGAGAGACUUUUGAAGCCUUGAGCAGACCGGCAUCCCCUGCAAGCCAUGUUUCCCCGAAUGAUGAUGAGAUUGAUGAUACUGAGGUGGAUGAACUGGCCGGGUUUAACUUGCCGCCACCAGAACAUAUUGCAUCUUUUGCUGUUGACCCAGCAUUUCCCGAGGCUGAGGUCACGAUUGACACUCAAAGUGGUACCUUGCAAUUUGACCCUGUUACAUUGCCAAACUAG